GAUUGCGCAUAAAAAUACAUUCGCUGUCUCAGUCGUGCAAUCUGAGGUAACAGUAGCAGCGCUUCAGUCUGGGACAAUCUUACUUCUACUGCACCACAUCCAACUGGACAGAGCAACAGUCACUGCCUUUUCAAGAAGAGAGAGAACACUUCUAAAGGCUACAGGUUUAAGUGGAUCACUGGCCAGUAUGACGGAGGUGAUAAACACCUGUGACUCUGCAAUUGGAGACUACAGUGUGAGCGGUGCAUCUGAGGAACAGAACAUCUCUUUUCAGAUUUUCCCAGAUUCCCAGGAACGGUUCCCAAAGCUUUCCAAACGUUUGCCGUCCAUCAUGGUGGAGCCCACUGAGAGUGGGGAGGUAGAGAGCGGGGAACUGCGUUGGCCUCCUGAUGAUUUGAGUCCUACAGAUGACCCAAGAGACAAACAGGCCCAGCCUGCAAGUGACAAGCCCACAGAAGAGGUCGAUAGGGGGAUGGAAAACUAAUGGAUAAUGGUUGGCACCAAUCCAGCCAAUCACUGAAUGUCUUCAUAAUGGACUGGACUAAAUGGGAGACUCCCUCAGUUAGGUCUGCCUAUCAUCCCCACUAGAGCCACCCACCUGUUGACCUCCACUUCCGUAGUGGAGUCAAGGCCUGAGAGACUCUCUUACCUGAACUAGCUCACGUGCCAAACUCUAGUGGUAGUCAGCUGCUGUGAUUGAGUUUUAAAUUAUCUCCAAUAACAUCGUAAUCCAUAAUACCCAUUAGAACUCAUCUAUGCCUGGUAUAUUAUUGAUUGGCAUUAACUUAUAUUUUUAUUUGCUUUGGACCGGAGUCUUUCAUUCCUUCCCAACAGAAGUAUAAAUCUUCAAGAUCUUUAAGGGAUAGUUCAUCCACACCCUUAUGCGCUUCUAAACCCAUAUGACUUUCUUUUUCCUGUGGAACAUGAAAGGAGAAUGUUAGGCAGAAUAUUAGCCUCAGUCACCAUUUACGUUCAUUGUAUGAAAAAAAGAUAAAGUGGAUGGUGAGGGAGGCUAACAUUCUGCUAACAUUUGCUUUUGCGUUUCAUGGAUGAAAUAUAGUUGUUUGGGUGAACCAUGACAAAUGUAAUCAUUUUGUGGUGAUCUAUCCCUUUAAUUUAAAGUAAUAUAUCCAACAUAAUUUAAGAGAAAAUUUAUUUCAAAAAGUACAGAUUGAAAUGAACUACAGUGCAGUGUAAAUGGCUCCUUCCCAAAUGUAGCUUUCCAAUGCUAUGUACAUUAGAUAACAUCUUUCAGUGUGUUUUCACAACUGUUCACACAUUCUGCUGUCAAACAAACAGAAAUAGGAAGUCUUUUUUUAACACGCUUUCCAUUUGCACAUAUUCUUUGCUAUUUGCAUAAAUUCUCUGUUUAGCACAUGCUGCUGAUUUUGACGAGUGUUCACCAGAGCUGCUGUAAAUGUGGCUUCCUCUGCCUUAGACAUUUAUCCCUGUAGUUACACCAUUUCUGUCAUAACUUAAAUUGCAUAACUGUUUUAUGUACAUUUAGACUCUCAGUAUUUUAUCCUCAAAUGUAUCUGUCACCUUCCUAAGGCUUGGGAGUCUGUCAUCUAUUAUAAAUCUACUACCCUUCUUUUGAUGUUUGAGUAUAAGUCCUAAAAUAUGAAUAAACUGUCCUGGGGGAUGAAAAUGGGUAUGAAUGCAGCACAGAAUCAUUUAGCAUUAAUGUCAGUUAUCUACAUGUGUGC